AUGAAGUUCACCACAUUGUCUACCAUCCUGGGCCUUGCCGGCGCCUCUGCAGCUGCCCUCACCGCUGUCCCCAUCAUCGAGCAAAUCGCCCCCAAGUCAAAGAAGUGCCCUUCCAAGCUCACUGACUGUCGCGACUCCAAGCAAAUGGCUCCUUACCUCAUCGAUGCUUUCCAGCACUACGACAUCUACGACCCCAACGCCAUGGCUGCUGUCCUUGCCCUCAUGGCUUUCGAGUCCGGCGACUUCCAGUACAAGCGCAACCAAUACCCCGGUCGUCCUGGUCAGGGCACAGCCAACAUGCAAAUGGCUCCCUUCAACCUUCUCUACGCCAAGAGCAUCCCCGAGCUCGCCUCCAAGUUUGAGGGUAUCGAUUCAACCGAGGGCAUGUCCAAGGAUGAGCUCAACGAUCUGCUGGAUGCUGUCACUGUCGACAAGUACAACUUUGCCAGUGGUGCUUGGUUCCUUGCCACUCAAUGCAAGCAAGAGGUUCGGGAUGCUUUCAAGAAGGAUGCCGACGAGGGAUUCAAGAUUUACAUCGAGGAGUGUGUCGGUACUGAGGUUGAGCCAAGACAGGAGGUCUUCAACAUUGCUAAGAAGGCAUUUGGCGUCUAA